AGAAGAUUAUAAAUGGUGGGUGGUGAUAAAAUUUUGAAUAUUUGACAUUUCCAAAAUAAUAUUAAUUUCAAAGUGAAAUUCGAUAUUCCAUAUUAAUGUUAUUUGUAGAACUAUGAAAUACUAUGUCAAUAACAAUGAUGAAAUUGUUAGUUACACUUUUGGCUAGCCUCAUUUCAUUAUCUCUUCCCUUCAAUAAAGUUAAUGCAGGAGUGAUGCACAGCCAUACGAACGAAUUACACAAAGAACGUGAAACUGACGGAGCCUACAGUCCCAGAGAUCACAGUCAUUUUUCUGAAGAAGGUGAACAUUUCAGUGAAUUCGAUCAUGAAGCCAUACUGGGAAGUCACAAGGAAGCAGAAGAUUAUGAUCAUUUACCUCCUGAAGAGGCUAAAAGGAGAUUGAGUAUACUACUCAAGAAAAUGGAUAUCAAUGGCGAUGAACAAAUUGAUAGGAAAGAACUCAAGGCUUGGAUCAUUCGCUCUUUCAAAAUGUUAUCAGAAGAAGAAGCCAGAGACAGAAUGGAAGACGCUGAUGAAGACAAUGAUAACAUGGUUACUUGGGAAGAAUAUAUAUCUGACACUUAUGGGCUCGAUAGUACGGAGAAGGAAGUAAAAUUUGGGGAUGAAAAUGACAAACUGAUUCAAGAUGAUAAGAUCAUGUGGAAAGCUGCAGACAUCAACAGUGACGGUAUUCUUGAUAGCGAAGAAUGGAUAGCAUUCACCCAUCCAGAAGAGCAUCCUAAUAUGCUUCCCAUUAUUUUAGGACAAACUUUGAAUGAUUACGAUAAAGACGGCGAUGGAUUUAUAAACUUUCAGGAAUACAUUGGCAACCGAGGCGAGACGGAUUAUGGUGAUCAUCUUCACAAUAUACACCAUUUCAACGAUGAGCUGUGAUGUGUACAAUAGAACUGGACUCUUCAACAUCGUUUUUGUUCUUUCUAGAAUGUGGUAGUGUCAGAAUCUCCAGUAUUGGGAUCACGUGGAGAAGAUAUCACUACUUGAAGCAGCAACAUGAUUUUAAUUUGAAAUUUCGACUCUUUGUUGUCUAACAUGAAAAACCUGAAUGAAAUUUACCAUUUGUAUUGGUCUUGCUAUUUCUGACUACCUGCUAUUUCUAACUACCUUAUCAUAUAUCCUAAUUUUUCCACCAAACACUUCAACGCUUUUUAUAUAUAUCUCAAAGUUAUUAUCAGAAACCUUCCACUAUAAAAUAUUUGUAUAUGAAUCCUUAUAAAAAUUAUAAAAAGUCUAUUCAAUAAGACCUCAAGGUUUGGGUCCCUGGUUUCAUUCCAUAACAGGUGACUGAAUUAAAUGACUAACGUGCGCAAUUCAGCGCAGGUAGUCAGACUUUAUUAGUGUUAAUUUGAGUAAUGCUCGAUAGAACUACUACUCAAGACUAUAUAGGGAAGCAAUAGAAAUUCAAAAGACAUAGAAACAAUUUUGAUCCAUAAAAUAACAAUAAGUUGUACAGGUAAAAGGUUAUUGAAUUGAACUAAAAUAGAAAAGAAGCCAUGAACACCACCGAUGGAAUGAAACCAAAGACUCAAACCUUGAAAGUUGUGUCUGCUGUCCAAGGCACUUCCUCUAUUGCCUCUUUCGAUAAUGACUACUGCAGUCAUAUAUGAAAACCUGCAGACCAUGCCCAACAAACCUAGAAAAUAGAUUCAACACACUUUAUCUACCAUUCGUAAAAAUGGGAUGUGAUUAGUUGCCUCAAUACAUUUUUUACAAGUCAGUUGAUACCAUCAUUAAAUGUAAAAUUUCAUUCGGGAAGUAGUAUAGGCUGUAGAUUGCUGAAAAAAUAAUUACUGUUGACUUUCUUAUCGAUUAUUGAAAUGCUUAUUUUGUUUGAUCUUAAAAGUCUUUCGUGAAAUGUUGCCAUCCUCACAUUUAAACCUCGAGAUAAUACCUGGUUGCCAAGAAAAGUUGGAAAUUUUGUUCAAACAUAUGUGAAAGGUUGUUAUUUCUGGCCUCGUCAUAAUUUUAUUUUUGAAUAAAAAUUAGGUGGUAACAAAAAUUUGAACAACUGAAUAUUUCUCAUCUCAUUAAUGUUGUUGAAACUUUCAUCUGCAUUCUUCUGUUCAUUAAAUGUCGUUGUUACCAAGGCUGGCUUUCAAAACCUUUCACAUCUCGAGUUUAUUCAAAUUGAAAAAUAAUUCGAUAUUUUAAAGAAAAUCUUUGAAUUUUUGGAUGCAAAAUAUUUUCAUAUCAUAUUCAUAUAUAUGGAAUUGAAACUAACUUUCUGGAUCAGUUGGUGAACAAUUAAGCUUGAACUUCGGCCAGAAAUGUAUUUCAGCAAUCUUUAAAUCUACACAAAAUUUGUGGGAAAUCAUCUACUGGGAAUUUCGAAAAUUACCAAAUACUGUAUUCUGGUCCAUGCAUUGCACUAUUAAUUGAAUGUUGAGUGAUAUUAUUACACCUUAUUCCUUAUAGUCAAUUCAGUUCAAAUUAUUAUCCAUUGUGUACUUUCCAGUCUCUUGUUGGCAUUUUUGGAAAAAAAAUAUUUGCAUUUACUAACAAAUAAAAAAUAUUUGAUAAUUUGAA